UCUGGGUCAGCUGCAGCUGGUUACUGAAUUUCUCCAUGUGGCAGACAGAGCAAAGCCACAAUGCUUUCUCUGCUGGAUUAAAGACAGCCCGCAGACCAGGAACUUCCACUAUACUACUUAAAAUUACAUAGGUGGCUUGUCAAAUUCAAUUGAUUUGUGCUGUAAGAAGAAAAAGAAGUUCCUUAGUACAGCUUGGAUUCAACGGUCCAAAACAAAAAUGCAGUUGCCAUUAAAGUCACAGACGAACAAACUUCACUGAUUUUUAAAAGCAAGAGUAAGAGCAGCAAGUCUCUGGGUUUGCUUUAUCAACAGAUGCAAAAGACGUCAUACAACCUCAUUUCAAAAUGAAGGCUUUUACCUGGACCCUAAGUGUGCUAUUCUUCCUACUAAUGGGCAUUGGACAUUGCAGAGGAGGGCAGUUCAAAAUAAAAAAAAUAACCCAGAGGAGAUACCCUCGUGCCACAGAUGGUAAAGAGGAAGCAAAGAAGUGUUCAUACACGUUCCUGGUACCUGAACAAAAAAUAACAGGGCCAAUAUGUGUCAAUACCAAAGGGCAAGAUGCAGGUACCAUUAAAGACAUGAUCACCAGGAUGGACCUUGAAAACCUGAAGGACGUGCUCUCCAGGCAGAAGCGGGAGAUAGAUGUCCUGCAAUUGGUGGUGGAUGUAGAUGGAAACAUUGUCAAUGAGGUAAAGCUGCUGAGAAAAGAAAGCCGUAACAUGAACUCUCGCGUUACUCAACUCUAUAUGCAACUAUUACAUGAGAUUAUCCGUAAGAGGGAUAAUUCACUCGAACUUUCCCAGUUGGAAAAUAAAAUCCUCAAUGUCACCACAGAAAUGUUGAAGAUGGCAACAAGGUACAGGGAACUAGAGCUGAAAUAUGCUUCCUUGACUGAUCUUGUCAAUAACCAGUCUGUGAUGAUCACUUUGUUGGAAGAACAGUGUUUGAGGAUAUUUUCCCGACAAGACCCCCAUGUGUCUCCUCCUCUCGUCCAGGUAGUGCCACAGCACAUUCCUAACAGUUAUCAGUAUACUCCUGGUCUGCUGGGAGGCAAUGAGAUACAGAGGGAUCCAGGUUACCCCAGAGAUUUAAUGCCACCACCUGAUCUGGCAACUUCUCCCACCAAAAGCCCUUUCAAGAUACCACCGGUUACGUUCAUCAAUGAAGGACCAUUCAAAGACUGUCAGCAUGCAAAAGAAGCUGGACAUUCAGUCAGUGGGAUUUAUAUGAUCAAACCUGAAAACAGCAAUGGACCAAUGCAGUUAUGGUGUGAGAACAGUCUGGAUCCUGGGGGUUGGACUGUUAUUCAGAAAAGAACAGACGGCUCUGUCAACUUCUUCAGAAAUUGGGAAAAUUAUAAGAAAGGAUUUGGAAACGUAGAUGGAGAAUAUUGGCUUGGACUGCAAAAUAUCUAUAUGCUUAGCAAUCAAGAUAAUUAUAAGUUGUUGAUUGAAUUAGAAGACUGGAGUGAUAAAAAAGUCUAUGCAGAAUAUAGCAGCUUUCGCCUGGAACCUGAAAGUGAAUUCUAUAGACUGCGCCUGGGAACUUACCAGGGGAAUGCUGGGGAUUCUAUGAUGUGGCAUAAUGGUAAACAGUUCACCACACUGGACAGAGAUAAAGAUAUGUAUGCAGGAAACUGCGCCCACUUUCAUAAAGGAGGAUGGUGGUACAAUGCCUGUGCACACUCUAACCUAAAUGGAGUAUGGUACAGAGGAGGCCAUUACAGAAGCAAGUACCAAGACGGAAUAUUUUGGGCUGAAUACCGAGGUGGCUCAUACUCCUUGAGAGCAGCUCAGAUGAUGAUCAAGCCUAUUGACUGAAUGAAGGGAGACAGUCUCCAAUUUAAAUGACAUAGAACUCUAUUUUUCAGUUCCUAUUAAUGUAAAUGUUACAUGUAUAUUAUUUUGCACAAUUCAUUUCUACAGAUAUAGUUUUUUAAAUGAAUUUUACUGCAACUAUAAAAGGAGAUUUAUGAAUGUAGUCUCAUCUUCCCUUAAUAUACUGCAGAUUAUUUGUAUCUAUAAUCCAAGUUAUUUUAAAAAUAUUAUUGACUAAUUACAGGCAAAGUUUGUUCUCUAAAAUGUAAAUAUUUGCCACAAUGUAAAACAAAUUUUAGCUUUAUUUUAAAUCAAAAUUCAAUCAUGUUCAAGAUCCUUAUCAAUUUAUUUAAAAACUUUAUGAAAAUGCUGUAACUUCCAAUGGAAAAAUAAUUUUAAGAUUUCAGCAAAAUAAUACAUUUUAUUUAUAAAAAUAUAGACAGGAAAUUAGAAGAAAACUCUAGUUUUGCCAACAUUCUACAUUGAAUAAAAGUUACUUCAAAGUGAAUUUGUGCCUUUCACAUGAAAUGAU